UAAGUCUAACACAACAAUACUCAAAAGUAGAAGUAGAUCUGAUAUAAAUUUCUAAUGCUUCGUACAAGUCUUCUACAAACGGUGGUAUGGGCUUUUAUUAGAAAAACCUAAACCACCCCAAAUCUUCUGUAGAAAAACCCAGUAACUUGUUGCCUCGGUGACAGACAGAAGAAUCAGAACCAGAGGAACGGAAGUGAAACCCUAGUUUUCUUGAUUCGACAGACAGAGAUGGGGAAGAAGAAGAAGAGAGCGUCAUCUAAGGUUUGGUGCUAUUACUGCGACAGAGAAUUCGACGAUGAGAAGAUAUUGGUGCAGCACCAGAAAGCCAAGCACUUCAAGUGCCAUGUCUGUCACAAGAAGCUCUCUACCGCCGGUGGCAUGUCUAUUCACGUCCUCCAGGUCCACAAAGAAUCAAUCGUCAAGGUGCCAAAUGCAAAACCUGAUAGAGAAUCAACAGAAAUUGAAAUAUACGGAAUGCAAGGAAUACCCGCAGAUGUCUUGGCAGCUCAUUAUGGAGAGGAAGAUGAGGAUGCCCCGUCAAAGUUGGCCAAAGUGGAGACACCUUCCUCCCAACUUGGUGGUGUAGUACCAGGAUCAUUAGGCGUGUUUCCUCCUCAAUCUUUAGGCACUAUGCGGCCAAUUUAUAAUCCUGCAUUACCAAUGCCUCCUGCUGGUUGGCCAGUUCCUCCUCGUCCCCAACCUUGGUACCCACAUCAACCAGCUGUCUCAUUUCCUCCUCAUAUGCCACUGGGAUUGGCACAACAGCCUUUAUUUCCAGUACAGAAUGUGAGACCUCCUUUGCCAUCCACUGCAUCACCGACCUUUCAACCUUCCUUGCCCAUCACUCCUCCAGGAUUGGCCUCAUCUACACCUUCUAUUCCUGCAUCUCAACCACUGUUCCCUGUUGUGGCUAAUAACAAUAUACCUAGUCGAAGUUCACCAUUUUCAGCUCCUAUGCUUCCCACAAGUACCCCAAUAAGCACUCCGGUGGAACUCAAAAGCUCAAUUGACCUGCAUACCAACAACAUUUCUGUGACAAGUAGCUACCACAACCCAAGCAUUCAAGGUGGGGCACCAUUGAAUUCACAUUCUUAUGCCUCUGGCCCAAAUACUGGUGGCCCUUCAAUUGGACCGCCUCCUGUAAUUUCAAACAAAGUUCCUGCUACACAGCCAGCCACAAACGAGGUUUAUUUGGUUUGGGAUGAUGAGGCUAUGUCCAUGGAGGAAAGAAGAAUGUCCUUACUGAAGUAUCAGGUGCAUGAUGAAACUAGCCAGGUAAGUUUUAACUGCCUCUUAAUACAUAAUAUGAAGUUGCUUUGCACAUCUAACCAUAUGGGUAGGUGUUAUCUUUCUUGUUUUCCAGAUUUCGGUUGUCAUACAUUGUUUUGCAUUUAUUGAGGUAUUUCUGUAUGUAUCUCCAUUGUUUCUUCCCUUUUAAAAAAGCUUAUUCUAAAAAGUACACGAGCCUUUGAUUUUAAUCCAACUUAAUCGACGGGCUAUUUAUUCUUCUUUUGCCAUUCUCUGGUUGGCAAGCAAUUCACCAAUCAUGGUCAUCAAAAGAUUCAAGUAGGUAUCUACACUAUCUUUACUGGUAGUUAGUAAUUAUUACAUUUCUGACAAGCUCUCAGCGAUCAACUGAAGGAUUCUCCAAACUAGCAUCAUCCUCCAUUAGGACAAGAGUGUAUGUAUUUGCUCUUGAGAAAUGUUAUUUAUUUAUUCAUGUAUAUUCUUUCUAUGCUUUAUUCUGAGAUGUUGAGGUUUGGGUGGAAUGAGAAUUUACCCAACAGAUUUUUGCCCAUUCGUAUCAUCAUUGCACUAUGUUUUUAUGAUCGAACAGUGAAUACGAACUUGGCCCAGGUCAGCUUCUUCUGCAUAGUUUUGGAAUCUUUUGCAUAGAAGCAAGCUGCAAUAUUUAAAAGGUUCUGCUAUGUUAUUGGUUGACAUGGUCCUGUACUAAUUUUUCAUAUACGUGGUUCCGUGUUUCAGAUGAGCUCAAUUGAUGCAGCCAUUGACAGAAGGAUAUUAGAAAGCAGGCUUGCUGGUCGAAUGCCUUUUUAAAUUAGCUGAUACUAUGUCUGCAUGACUGGGAUGUCGCUUUGGAUUCAACAACAACAACAACUAGGCCUUCUUCCCAACUACUUGGGGUCGGCUACAUGAAAGGGAUAUCGCUUUGGAUCCGAAGUCAAAUAUUGUGGAAUUUAUUUUAACUUAAAUGGCAAGUCUGCUCUUAAUCCUUUAAAUACUGGAUUAAGUCUCAGCUGUUUAGAUUUGUGUUGUAUCCUUUAGACGAGGAGGCCAUAGGAGAGCCAUUUUUUCAACAAUCAGUUGGGGGAUACAAGUCGGAACAAAAUUUUAGAGACUCGGCAUUCAUGUGAUUUGAUUUUUUUUUAUUUAUUUUAUUUUUUUUAAUUCUUGUAAUACCUCCUCCUUUAUUUCUUUCUUUCUUCCUUUUGGGCAUUUCAUCGUUCAUGUCUAAUGAGUUUGUGGGUAGGCCUUUGUGAACUAAAAUGACAGCACUGUUAAAAGUGCUAUUUGAAGAAAAAAGAAGAAAAAGAUAUGAGA